UGGCCCUCCUCACACGUGGCCCCACCGCUCAGGAGCUUCUCCUUCCUCCAAGUCCGGCCCCAACACCCAAAGCUGAACAGAGAGACCCGAACCCCGCAGCCAUGGCCACGGAGCGACCUGUGCGGCUGGUGCUGGAUGCGUCCCUCCUCCUCGAUCCCGUCGGUGCAGGGGCGCCGGUGCCCACGCUGCGUCCCGGGGCGGAGGCGCUGCUGCGGCGGCUGCGCCACUCCAAUCUGGGCGUGGCAAUUUGCCAUCCGGAGGAAAUGCCAACUACUGUGUCAGGCUUUCUUGAAAUGGCAGCAGACUUGAACUCCUUUGGGUAUAUAUCACUACCUGCUCCAACUGGGAAUCACUUACUAAAUGAGUUGAUGUUAGAGUGGAGCAGAACAAGUUCUUGUUUUUAUGCUACUUCGACAGUUGAUGAAGAUCUAUUUUCUGAACUUCAGAGCCAUAACUGGAAGGUUAUUGCUGUAGAUAAUGAAUGUGGAACGAAAGAUUCGGGAGUUGUAAAUAUUGGCAAGCUUCAAGAGCUGCUUAUCACUUUGGCUACUUUAAUUAAAAAGGAAAUAGCUAGCUCAUCUAUUUUGAUGGUUGGCUAUGCAAUGAAACCAUCCCGUGAGGAAGACUUUGCCAAGAGAGGAGCAUUUCCCCUUUAUCCAAGUCAAAAUGGACUUAUCUUUGUCCCACUCUCAUUUGAACUUCCUUUAGCCUCUCAACUUCAAGAAGUUGACAUAAUCCUCCACAAAAUGACGGAUGAGAUCAUUAGCAUUGAUCCAAAUUGCUCCAUCAGUUUUCCCAGGGGAAUUUCAUUUUCUGCAGGAAUGUCUGAAGUUAUAAGGUUUAUGGAAGAAUAUCCUGAUUUCUGCAUCAUUGAUCCAUUCAAAAAUAUCUCCCCGUUGCUGGAUCGUCUGCAAAUUCAAGAAAUUCUAGUUAGAUUGCAAGAACUUGGCUCUGAAGGAAGGCCCAAACUCCGAGCACCACAUUCUUUGAAGGUCAUAAACUUCAGUGGCAGUGAAUUACAGAAGCAACUAGCAGAAGCUAAUUUAUCAUUUCCACUCAUUGUGAAGCCACAAGUAGCAUGUGGAGUUGCUGAUGCGCACAAUAUGGCAUUAGUUUUCCAAAUUGAAGAGUUUAGCAACCUUAGUGUGCCCCUUCCAGCUAUUCUACAGGAAUACAUUGAUCAUGGUUCCAAGAUAUACAAAUUUUAUGUAAUUGGAGACAAGGUUUUUCAUGCUGUAAAAACUUCAAUGCCCAAUGCAAAUUUGCUAAAAUCGUCAUCGGGGGAUGAACCUCUUACGUUUAAUAGUUUGAAGACUCUUCCAGUGGCUACCAAGGAGCAGCUGCUGCUGAACAGGGCACAGGAUAACAAAUCUCUGAACAUCGGUGUGGUGGAAGAGGCUGCAAAAUUGUUAAAGGAAUCACUUGGACUAACAAUUUUUGGAUUUGAUGUUGUUGUUCAGGAGGGUAGCGGAGACCACGUCAUAGUGGACCUAAACUAUCUUCCGUCGUUCAAAGAAGUUCCUGACUCCGAGGCGAUGCCUGCAUUCUGGGAUGCAAUCAGGCAGUCAUACGAGUCGAAGAAAGGGAAGGUGCAAACUUAGUCAAUGGCCUCGAGAAAAACCAUAUUCAAUAACGGCGACAACAUCCACACCAUUCGGUGGAGAUCACCACUAUUGGGUGUUGAAUUAACAAACCGUCUAGAAGCGGCUGCUUGUCGCCUAGAAUCGUAGAGUACUUCGAAACUUUGCAGGCAGAGAUGUGUACUAACACUAAUAAUCCGGGAGCGACAACGCUCAACUGUGGAGUUAAAACUGGUUGCCGUACAAGUGUAUAACCAUGCUAACCUCCUCUCUUUUUGCUCUGUGUUGUAUGAUUUACAUGUGAAUGUGAGUGGCCCUGUAGACACUGUACUGCAAUGUGAGUGACAUGAUAUGCUUGUUUCUGCUC